AUGUCAUCAUCAUCAUCUUCCCAAUCUUCCUCCAACUCAAGCGGCGACGAGCAACGUGCUCACCAAUUCUCCCAACUUGUGUCGCAAUUUUAUAAAAUUUCUAACGAUGUUGGUCCGCCGGAAAGCCCUCCUAGACUAAGAAGGCUAACGAAGAAACCUUGCAUUCAUCGGGAUCGUGAAGCCGGAGCACGUCUCUAUGAGGAUUAUUUUGUCCCCAAUCCGGUCUGCACCGAUUCCAUGUUCUGGCGCUGUUUCCGUGUGCGCCGCCCCAUGUUGUUGCGCAUCGUCAACACCGUGCUGUCCGAUCCUUACUUUCAACAACGUUCAGACGCACUUGGCGGAUCCGGCUUUACACUGCUACAGAAAUGCAUAAUUGUUAUUCGGCAACUUGCAAAUGGAGGUGCAGCUAACCAAUACGAUGAGUACAUGCGGAUUGAAGAGACUACAUCGUCAGAGUGCUUGAGCAAAUUCUUUCGAGUCAUCGUCCAACUCUUUGGCCCAAAAUACUUGAGGAGGCCGACAUUCACCAAUUGUCAAAGGCUUCUUGCCCUGCACAAGGAAAAACACAGGUUUCUAGGAAUGCUAGAGAGCCUAUAUUGCAUGCACUGGUCGUGGAAGAAUUGUCCGGUGAAGUGGCAAUGA